UUCGGCUCUUAGAGCCCCGGAAAGAGCCGAAAUUCCCAUCCGUCAGUGGCUUAACGGUCGUUACGUACGUUACGUCGUGGGCGUGACCAUCAUGAAGCCGCGGAAGAUUCAAAACGAAGAUGGCGACUAAAAAUUGUUCUCAAAACACUGAGAAGCAUGAUAGAAGGGAGACAAAUUGCAGCGUGUUCCUCUGUCACGAAAAACCAGACGCGAGCGAGCCUGUAAUCUGUAACCCGGACUUCUUUGUGGAGAGGUUUAGGCAUGAGCAUCCGCAGAUUUUCGCGGAUUUGGUGCUUAGCAAUAUUACCCGGCUCAUAGAUCUGCCAGGGGACGAGUUCGCCCAGCUGACUGGAGAGUCGGUGCCGAAGGUGCCGACGUCCACCGGGUUUCUGCGCUCCUUCAACUUCCGCAAACGGAAAGAAAAAGGAGUGAUAUUUGGAGCUCCCUUAACUGAAGAAGGAAUAGCUCAGAUCUGUCAGCUCAUUGAAUACCUGAGUAAAAACCUUCAUGUGGAGGGGUUGUUUCGGGUGCCAGGCCACAGCUUGAGGCAGGCGGCCCUAAGGGAAAUGCUCAACAGCGGCACUGAGAUAGAUCUGGAGACAGGUGACUUCCAUCCCAAUGAUGCCGCCACUUUGCUCAAGGUGUUCCUGGGAGAGCUGCCAGAGCCUCUGCUCAUGCAUAGACAUUACCAUGCUCACCUGAAGAUCGGAGAGUUGACCUGCUUUGACGAAAAGGGAAAUAAGACUAAUGUCCCCGAUAAGGCCCGCCAGAUUGAGGCGUUUCAGCUGCUUUUUAUGUUGCUCCCACCGGCCAACCGGAGCUUGUUGAAGCUGCUGCUGGACUUAUUGUACCACACGGCCCGCAGCCAGCACAUGAACAAGAUGUCUGCUAUUAAUUUAGCAACAAUGUUUGCUCCACAUAUCAUCUGGCCCAAAAAUGUGACAGCAAGUGAUCUCCAGGGAAACAUAGAGAAACUGAAUAACGGGGUAGCGUUUCUCAUUCGGCACUCGCAAAAAUUGUUCAAGGCACCUGUCUAUAUCAAAGAAUAUGCUCGAUUAUUCUACACUGGAUCCAAAACGCUUCAGUCGAAUGACGACUUGAAUCUCUCUUCAGGAAACAAAACUGGCUCUAUUGCUGCGAUUGCAACUUCGUCACCUUCUCACUCUAUGAGGUCAAUCGCAGGUGAGACCAGCAGCACCAGCGACAUCAAGCCUUCUGAGAAUCAGAGCUACACUGAGUCGUGUCUCAGAGAACUCUACAAGCAAGUCAACAGCAUGCCAGAGUCUGCCAAGAAGAAAAAACUCAUCAGACGGUUUGAAAAGCAGCCCGACUCGAAUUCCUCUGCGGAGACACGAACUCCGUUCAUCAAGAGACACUGGCGUUCGCGUUCUGCGGGUGGAAUUGUCAAGAGGAAGGCUUCUACGGAGAAAGAAAACGGCACACUGCAGAGUCUUCCUCCCAGAUCCUGAUGAUGGGUAGAUUAUGAAAAAACACCCACAGGGAGAAAGAAGAAUUGCUGUUAAAGGUUUGUGCUCCCCAAGACCUUGGGAACAUCAGGCGUUUUAUGUUAUAGUUACUAUCCUCUCUUUUUGGUUUUUGUUUUUUCCUUUAGUGUGAAACUUAAGGGUUUAUAAAACCCCAAAGAAUAUCUUUGCAGCUUGCUAAUUUAACACAACAGUGAGGAUGCUGAUGUUGUGUGUUUUGGGUCAGUCAAGUGUGACGUUUUUAAGCUGCCAAGAAUUUGGGGAUAUUUUAUUGAAUUUCAGUGAAUUUCAGUUCACAGAUUAUUAUAUUUUGCUGUUGUUUACAUGGCAAGACCUUCACUGUUCCUCCUCUGUCGUCUUAAGAAACUGUGAUGUGCUGAUUAACUGUUUGUAAAGUAAAUGUUGUUGGACCAAAGUUCCCAAUUCAAAAGUGUGCCUUAAGCUGUGCGUCUUAAGUUGUAAAGAUGAGUUCCUAUGCAACAAGAUUGAUUUGCAUUAGUUUAACAUAAAUGCUUCCAUAUUUAGAAAAUUAAUACUUGUGAAGAGAAAGUUAAAGGAAAGGUGACACAAUAUUUUUAUUUUUUAUUCCUUUAACAAAGUUGCGUGAACACUUUUUAAUUUUUUAAUGCUACUGAUAUUUUAAACUGGCAUUUCUUUUUAGUUCCUACUUUUAAGCUUUUCCUUAGGCUACUCUGUAUCUCUAUGCAUUAACUACAGUUUUGGAUCUUAAAGUGGUGUUUUUUCCUGUUUUGGCGAGGGGUUUUUUAUGUAUGCUUUUAUUUUUUUAUUAUUGUAAUGGUUGAUUCAAUGGACUUGAAGCAAAAUCAAAUGUGUUUUUUUUCUUCUGACCACUGUCAUAUUUUUUUAAAUGUAUGUGUUUACAGAAAGAGUUUGCGCUGUUAUCGCUUUUGAACUGAGUAAUACUCGCUUUAAGCUGUUACCCUUUAACUAUAAUGUGAUUACUGCUGCUUGGCCCCAUGGUGCUUCUGUAGGGCUGUGCAACUUACUGUAAUACUUUCGGAUGUUUUCCUGAAUUUCCUUUUUAUUUAAAUACAUUUUGUAAACAUUUUGUUUUUUACUUUUACGUGUUUUAGAGAUUGUGUGAAGUCAGGUCCUGCACUUUUUCUUGCAACCACGAGGGGGUGCUGUUUAGUUGCAAAUGAUUGUGAGGUAGGAAUCUUUCUACACAAUAUGUUGCUUCUGGAGAUGAUCACUCAGCUUUCCUGCUUAUCGUUAUCCACGCAUGACCCAGUGUGCUGUUGCAAGCAAUAAGAUGUUUGUUAAUGUUAACUGUUUACAAAUGAAUUAUUAAUUUAAUGUUUAUUAUGGCAAAAUUACCAAGGAUAAGAAGACAAACAAACAAACAAACAAACAAAAAAACAGGCUAAUCCCUUAUUGAAAGCAUUAUUAGAUUUUGUGGGCAGUGAGACCAACUUUCACCAAUUGUUAAAGUUUGUCCUUUUCUCAAGUUCUUCACAUAAGCGGCAGCCAGCUUCAGUAACGCUAAGCAAGCUUUUUACAGCCGGAGCGUCAUAUUUCUUUUGUCAAAUCGAAAACAGAUUGAUGUCUGUGACCUGAGUUCUCCAUGCUCUAAUAAACUCCACAAAAAAUGUGUUCUUCA